UAUUAUGUUAAUUAAUUUCAUUUCACAGUUUUAUAUUCGACUUCCACUUCACGCUGUUGCAUCUCUCUCUCUCUCUCUCUCUCUCUCUCUCUAAAACCUCUCUCUCAUUCUUCUUCUCUCUACUCUCUCCUCCCUCCAUGGAUUCUCCUCACCAUUUUUCUGUCGUAAAGGGCGCGAAGGUUCUCAUGGUUGGGGCGGGUGGGAUUGGCUGUGAGCUUCUCAAGACUCUCGCUCUCUCUGGCUUCCAAGACAUUCAUAUUAUUGACAUGGAUACUAUAGAAGUCAGUAAUCUCAACAGGCAAUUUCUUUUCCGACAAUCACAUGUUGGGUUAUCAAAAGCAAGAGUUGCACGGGAGGCUGUCCUAAAAUUUAGGCCUCAAAUAAGUAUUACACCAUAUCAUGCAAAUGUCAAGGAUUCUAACUUUGAUCUGGACUUCUUCAAGCAAUUUAAUGUUGUUCUGAAUGGUCUCGACAACUUAGAUGCAAGGAGACAUGUUAAUCGUCUCUGCUUGGCUGCUGAAGUUCCUUUGGUUGAAAGUGGGACCACUGGGUUCCUUGGACAGGUCACUGUGCAUGUUAAGGGGAAGACAGAGUGCUAUGAAUGCCAACCUAAACCUGCCCCCAAAACAUAUCCUGUGUGUACCAUUACAAGUACUCCAUCAAAGUUUGUUCAUUGUAUUGUAUGGGCAAAGGAGCUUCUAUUUACGAAGUUGUUCGGGGAUAAGAACCAGGAGAAUGAUUUAAAUGUGCGUUCGGGUGAUGCUGCUAGCUCAUCUAAUCAUGUAGAAGAUGUAUUUGAGCGCCGAAAUGAUGAAGACAUUGAUCAGUAUGGGAAGAGAAUAUAUGAUCAUGUAUUUGGUUAUAACAUUGAAAUGGCCUUAUCUAACGAGGAGACAUGGAAAAACCGUAAUAGACCUAAGCCUGUAUACAUUAGGGAUAGCUUGCCUGAUGCGCCAACUCAACAGAAUGGAAAUGUGGAGAAAAAUGGGACAACCAAUGAUCCAUCAUCAGUGUCUGCUAUGGCAUCUCUGGGCAUGAAAAAUCCACAGGAUAUAUGGAGUCUUAAGGAAAACUCAAGAAUCUUUCUUGAGGCUCUAAAGCUAUUUUUCUUGAAAAGGGAAAAGGACAUUGGGAAUUUGACAUUUGACAAGGAUGAUCAACUAGCUGUAGAAUUUGUUACUGCUGCUGCUAACAUUCGAGCUUCUUCUUUUGGAAUUCCUUUGCACAGUCUGUUUGAAGCUAAAGGUAUUGCUGGAAAUAUUGUUCAUGCUGUUGCAACAACCAAUGCCAUUAUUGCUGGAUUGAUUGUUAUUGAGGCCAUCAAGGUACUGCAAAAUGAUACAAAAAGAUAUAGGAUGACAUAUUGUCUUGAACAUCCUUCAAGAAAGAUGUUACUGAUGCCAGUGGAACCAUUUGAACCUAACAAGUCUUGCUAUGUUUGUUCUGAGACACCUCUAUUGCUUGAGAUAAAUAUGCACCGUUCAAAGUUGAUAGAUAUCAUUGAAAAAAUAGUUAAACCCAAGCUUGGAAUGACCUCACCAACUAUCAUGCACGGGUCUGAUAUUCUCUAUGAGACCGGUGAUGAUCUUGAUGAGGAUUUGCUAGCAUCUUAUGCUGCCAAGGCUGACACGGUGCUGUCUGAGCUUAGUUGCCUAAUGAAUGGUGGGUCAAUGCUCACCAUUACUGAUCUUUUCCAAGAGCUGCGUUGCGAUAUCAACAUUAAGCACAGAGAGGCAUUCGAUGAGGAAAAGGAACCCGAUGGAAUGGUCCUUUCCGGAUGGAACCAAGCUCCUUCAGAAGAGAACAAUGGCGGCGACAAGUCACCGGACAACAACGAGAAAGAAACUGUUUCGUCAAAGAAAAGAAAACUUUCGGAGGAUGGCCUCCAAAGCGAAGAAACUACUAGAGCCAAUAAGAAACUCGAAGUCAUUGACGAAGACGACGACCUUGUCAUGCUUGAUGAUGGGGACUUUGGCACCUUCAAAAAACGUCAAAGCUAGUGAUAGUAAUUGUAGUCGAUGGUGGAGUGUAGAUCCUAAUUUUGUACUAUUAGGGGGAGUGAAAAAAAAAACACUGAUUCUUUUGGUGAUCAUAGAAUUGUUCUUUCGAAUAGGGCCUUAUUUUGUAGUCUUUUUUUUUUUCUUUAAUGGAGUUAGGAAAAAAGAUUAAUUAGUUGUCCUUGCUGGUGUUGUUCACACCCCCUUUUGUGGUUAUUAUUAUCACUGUAAUCAAAAUGUGUAUUCUUCCUAGCUCAAUUAACAUAGAGAGAGAGAAAGUGAAAGAGAGAGAGAGAGAGAGAGAAAGAGAGGAACUUUAGUGCAAAUGUUUAAAUUUAUAUAACUUAACUUUUGGAAAUGUGAUCCAAUGACCCUAUUAAUUAAAUACUCUAAUUUUGAGCAUUGGAAGAAAA